UUUCAGUGAAGAGUUGGAAACACCAUGACAUCGUAACUCCUCUGCGUGUUGUUCACUGACCCACCCAUGCAAUAAAAUGACUAAAAUGCCCUCGCGAAUUGAAUCCCUCAAACCUUCACUGAUUCAACAAAGCCAGAAAUACCAGUGGCAAUUCAGAUAAUUCGUACUCGACGGCUCUUUCAGAAAGAUUGUAAUUUAGAACUACAAGAAACCCCACAAGCCAAAGUCUUAUAUAGUAUUUAAAUACAUAUAUAUAUAUGUAUGUAUGUAUGUACACAUAUCUAUGAUACGGUGUCUGUUCACAAGCCGUCCUCAAUUGAGAACAACCCGAGAAAUUCACAUUUUCAGGUUGAGAAGCUCAGAGAAGUCGGUAAUGGCGCCUCCGCCGAUACUUUCCUUAGCUCUGCCAUCAGAAACGGGUCGAGUUCUCAGUAUUCAGUCUCACACUGUUCAGGGGUAUGUUGGUAACAAAUCAGCUGUAUUCCCUCUUCAACUACUGGGCUAUGAUGUGGACCCAAUCAAUUCGGUGCAGUUUUCAAACCAUACAGGUUACCCAACUUUUAAGGGUCAAGUUUUAAAUGGACAACAACUAAAGGAGUUAAUAGAAGGCCUCGAAGGCAAUGAUUUAUUAUACUACACCCAUUUGUUGACAGGUUAUAUUGGUUCCGUUUCCUUUUUGAACACUGUAUUAGAAGUCAUCAAUAAGCUUCGGUCUGUCAAUCCCGAACUUACAUAUGUUUGUGAUCCAGUGCUGGGUGAUGAAGGAAAGCUUUAUGUCCCUCCAGAAUUAGUAUCAGUUUAUCGCGAGAAGGUUAUCCCUGUUGCUUCAAUGUUGACUCCUAACCAGUUUGAAGCAGAACAGUUAACCGGGUUCAGGAUUGGGUCUGAACAAGAUGGCCGUGAAGCUUGCAACAUUCUUCACACUGCUGGACCAUCAAAGGUUGUUAUAACAAGCAUAAAUUUAGAUGGCAAUCUUCUACUCAUUGGCAGUCAUCAAAAGGAAAAGGGCCAGUCUCCUGAGCAAUUCAAGAUUCUGAUACCCAAAAUUCCUGCUUAUUUCACGGGAACGGGAGAUUUAACUACUGCAUUAUUACUUGGAUGGAGUAAUAAAUAUCCUGCCAAUCUUGACAAAGCAGCAGAGCUUGCUGUAUCGAGUGUGCAGGCACUUCUUAUGAGGACGCUGAAGGACUAUGAAACCGCCGGAUUUGACCCCCAAUCGAGCAGCUUGGAGAUUCGAUUGAUUCAAAGCCAGGGUGACAUUCGCAAUCCACAAGUUAAUUACAAGGCUGAGAGAUACAACUAAUCAGUGUUAACAAUAAUUAUCAUUUAUUUGAUACAAUAAACAGUGCCUGUUCUCAUAGCAUCUCAUUUUGCCAUGAAUAUGGUAUUUAACUAUGUAUUAAACUAAAAUUUCAUUUAUGCCAUAUGUUCUUUUGGCAGUAUAGGUCAUCACCACAAACAGAAGAUAUGCAUAAUAUUGAAUUAUAUAUGCAGCAAAGUUAGUUACC